AUGAGUUUAACACCACCAAUCCAAAUGACAAGUGCAGAGUUGGAUAAUGAUUUACGUGAAGUACGGCAAGCUUUGGAUUUAUUUUUAAGCUCGAAGAUAAAUGAAGCUGAAAAUUUGGUCUAUGUCAAGAGUAAAACGUCAUUGUAUCAUUCGUUAGGAUACUCGUUUAUAGUCUUCUUAAAGUCGUUAAUGACUUUUGAGCCGGCGGAUAUUGAGAAAGCUAUUCGAACGAUAAAGGGUACCGUGCAAAUAGCAUCAUCUUUACGUAAACGAGAUACAAUAAUCGGAUCUAUCUCGAAUUUUGUGAAAGGAGGGACCGUUGGCGUUAAUUCAUUGAAAUCGAUGGAUCGAAUUCAGCAACAUGCAGAAUUAGUCUACGCGGAAGCUUACCUGUUAAAAGCAAGCCUUUGUAUAAUUAACGAUAAUGCUUUUGUAUCGUUUAUAAGAGAGGGUAUUAACAUUAGGAACAGUUAUAUGAUAUAUCGUAAUUUAGCGAAAUUUUUGGAGUGUGUAAAGAAAGAUGAAGAUAUGAAGAACUUUGAGGUGGACGAGCAUUUCAGCUCGGGGGUGUCAUUGGGCAUCGGGAUGUUUAAUUUAAUGUUAUCGUUAUUACCACCGCGAGUAUUGAAAAUUAUUGAAUUUGUUGGAUUUAAAAGUGAUCGUAGCUUAGCCCUAAAAACAUUGGAAUCAUGUGGUGGAUGGACGCAUGUUUCUCCUACUAAUGAUACUUCUAGUAAUGGUAAUAUAGAGGAGGAAGGAUUACGUCGACCAUUUUGUGAUUUAGCAUUACUUGCAUAUCACCUGGUAGUCAGCAAUGUUUUGCCAGUUAAUGAUACUGACAUCACGUUUGCAUCAGAAAUUCUCAAUUACAAUCUACGGCGGUAUCCGGAUGGCGUGCUGUUCCUUUAUUUCUCUGGGCGUAUAAAUCAAACUGAAUCUUAUAUUGAUGAAGCAAUCGUGCAGUAUAAAAAGGCCAUUGAUAUUCAGAAACAGUGGAAACAACUUCAUCAUAUUUGUUAUUGGGAAUUGGCGUUGAAUUAUCAGUGUUUGAGGGACUUUGAACGUGCUCAUGAGUGUUUCGAGAUAUUAUGUAAAGAGUCGAUGUGGAGUAAAUGUGUUUAUUCGUACCAGCAGGCUGUGUGUGUGUAUACUUUGGGGCGACCUGAAGAUAUGGAUCAUGUGAUUAAUAUGAUGAAAAAAGUACCGGAAUUGACCCAGCGUAUAGCAGGUAAAUCGAUUCCCAUGGAGAAAUUUGUUGUGCGUAAGGCUCGCAAAUUUGUCGCCCAAGAGAAUCGUCUUCUUUUACCUGCUUGCGAAUUAACGUACGUGUGGAAUACGUACGAUGUCAUGCCUUUAGCAGAGCUUUUAAAGUCAUUAUCAAUUAUUGAGGAUACAAUCAACAGCCUGGACGGAAUCGAGGAAAAAGACUAUAAUAAUUUCUGGGAUGAUUUCUGUCUGGCGCAUUUACUUCGUGGUGUGAUUCUUUCAAAAAUUGCUUUCCCGAAUAAUCCCAAUCACGAGGAUGUGAAAAAAUUCAAACGCAGCGAAGAUAAUGUCGCAAACUCAAUAACAUCUCUCCAGUCCGUCGUCGAGAACGGCGCAAAGAUAAAAUUAGACCACUACGUGUUACACUAUGCACGUUAUGAACUUGGCCGCCUGUACACAAACAUGCAUGAAUUCAGCAAGGCAAAAGCAGAAUUUGAAAAAGUGCUGAAUGGUGGUGACAUUAAAAGAGUUGGAAAAUACUCGUUAGAAAAUAUAUUGCAGUUACGAACUUAUAAUGCUCAGGUGAAACUGGAUCUUUUGGUAGAAGAAUGCACGAAGAAUGGAAACACGUAG